AUGAAGCCGGCGGUGCUGGAAGUAAUGAGGAUGAACCGGGUGUGCAGGAUGGUCUUGGUCACUUCCGUGGGCUCCUUCAUCCUCGUCAUCUUCUAUUUCCAAAUAAUGCGUAGAAAUCCAUUUGGGAUGGACAUUUGCUGUCGGAAGGGAUCCAGAAGCCCACUCCAGGAGCUGUAUAAUCCCACCCAGUUGUCCAACACAGCGAUUCUUCAUCAGAUUAGACGAGACCAAGUGACAGACACAUGCCGAGCAAACAGCGUGUCGAGCAGGAAGCGCCGUGUGCUGACACCGAAUGAUCUCAAACAUCUGGUCGUGGAUGAAGACCAUGAAAUGAUCUAUUGUUACGUUCCCAAAGUGGCCUGCACAAACUGGAAGAGAGUCAUGAUGGUUUUGACAGGAAGAGGCAAGUACAGCGAUCCGAUGGAAAUACCAGCCAAUGAAGCCCAUGUGUCUUCAAAUCUGAAGACCCUCAACCAAUACAGCAUCCCAGAGAUCAACCACCGCUUGAAAAACUACAUGAAGUUCCUAUUUGUUCGUGAGCCUUUUGAGAGACUGGUGUCAGCCUACAGGAACAAGUUCACCCAGAAGUACAACACUUCCUUUCACAAGAGGUACGGCACCAAAAUCGUGAGGCGUCAGAGGAAAAAUGCAACCCAGGAAGCUCUGCGGAAAGGCGACGACGUGAAAUUUGAGGAGUUUGUGGCGUAUCUCAUCGACCCACACACCCAAAGAGAAGAGCCCUUCAAUGAGCACUGGCAGACUGUGUACUCCCUCUGCCACCCCUGCCACAUUCACUACGACCUCAUAGGAAAAUACGAAACGCUCGAAGAGGAUUCAAAUUACAUCCUUCAGCUCGCGGGGGUAGGCAGCUACCUGAAGUUCCCCACCUAUGCAAAGUCCACGAGAACUACUGAUGAAAUGACCACAGAGUUCUUCCAGAACAUCAGCUCGGAGCACCAAACGCAGCUGUAUGAAGUCUACAAACUUGAUUUUUUAAUGUUCAAUUACUCAGUGCCAAGCUACCUGAAAUUGGAAUGAGGGAUGGGUUGGGGGGAGAGAGGGGAGAGAAAGCCUGUUUUAUUUAAGAUUUUUAUUUGUCAUAAUAAAUAUGGAGAAUGGGUUAUUUUGUAAAUUAAUAUUUUCUUUUUUGAAUGAUGCUGCGAGCAGCACAGUCAAAAUUAUUUAAAUCAACUGUAAGAAAGGACAGCUCUCUUUGCAGGGUAACAGCAUGGUGACGAUCUAGCUGUAGAAAUGAACAGUACUGCUACACUGUUUUAAAAAUGUUAAUUGUGUUCUGGUGAAUUUCAUUGCUUUUGCAUUCCUCAAAUUCUAAUUAAUGUUAUUUAUACUUAUUUAAAACAUGGUCUCUUGGUAGGUUUCACUUGAGCAGCAGAAAUGAGAUAACAGUUGGAUGAAAGGAGUCUGGUUUGGUACUUUCCUCACCUGAGCUUGUCUCUGGAUAUUAAUCUCUUCCAUUAGCCUUUCUUGCAGGUAAAUAUAGGAGUGGUUGUUGAUACCACAUGUUUUGAAAGGACUAGUGGAAAUAAUUUCUUCAGACAGUGAUACUGCACUUAAGCAUACUAAAAGUCUGUCUUUCUAGCCCUGAAAGGGAAAAAUAAGGCAGAUUUUGAGAGAUAAAUGAUAUCUAAAACUCGUGACUGAAAGAAAUGUGAAUGUAUUCUUUGGAAAGAGAAACCAUGAAGUUUUUAAUCUGGUCUGAAUAAUUUUAUUAAGAAUAUAAUUAGAGUCCCAGUGUCUCAUAAUUUGCAGCCAGCCAGUCCAACUGAAUGCAGAUUUUCAUCCAGAAGUGGAUUUGUGGAUGCUGCAUCAGAAAAAUCAGCAUUUUGAAAGUGGCCGUUUUGAAAGCGACUCUGGAGAUUUUUGAAUGCCCAACGCAAAAGAUACUUAAUUCAUAUCCAGGAUGUGGAGGGUGAGGGUCUCCCACCUUCUGAAAAAUCGUGCCUUCUUAACUGAUGGGCAAUCAAAAUUGGCUCACGUGCUUAAAAAAAUACCGGUCAUAAUAUGUUGCUAUAAAGGAUGUGGGCAUGUAAUUUUAAAAAGGCAAAAAGUCAUCUUCAUGUUGAUCUCAAAGCAUGCAAGGCAAUAAAAAAGGUCUCUAAUCUUCCUACCUGCUGGUUUCAUGGCUUUUUCCUCUGGGGGAGGGGAGAGUCCUAUUUUUUAUUGAUGCUGAAAUGCCGUUCACGAGUGCGUUUCUAAUUUCCAGUCAGUUACUGUU